AUGAAGAAGAACACGACCUGUAACAACAACCCUAAAUUGGUAAAACCUUUCUUUUUUUAUUUUGAGGAGAGAACAGUAUCAUACAUGAUGACUGUGACUCAAAUUAAGAAAGUGAUUAAGUGGAUUAAUUACAUCCGAUUGGAAACAUAUGAUUAUAUUACAGUGGUGGAAAAUAAAAUUGAGCCAGUACAAAAAUAA